CCGGUGGGGGAGCAGCGGUGACUCUGCUGAGAAGUGCGCAUGCGUAACAUUAUUUAAUCUUCCUCCAGAUUUAACGUGCAACACCUUUUGACAGCGAAGCAUUAACACAUAUUUAUAUACAACAUCAGGCGGCUCUCUCGGUACUUUGGCGUUAAAUCCAGGCGAUGGUCGCACGUUUUACCUUUUCGCCCGCUACAUAAAGUUACUUUCGCGACUUUAUUUGGGUCAAAAGGUAGUUAGUGAAGCUAGUUCCGCCUUGCUUACUCCCGGCGACAAGUGUCAAAAGUAAUCGGGGACGACACGCAACGAUACACGGGGACACAAAACGCGUCUCCUGCCCUCUGGACACACUUCCACACAAGUUAACCGGUCACAAAGAAAAGGUGUGCUGUAUCGCAUUGCUGUUUACCUGCUGGAACCAGAAAUCACAGCCAAAUUUCACGGAUAAUGUUAACGGGGAAGAUCUUUAUUGACAAUCAAUGAUCUUCAGUAGAAAAGCUACCGACUCUGAGAUUUGGACACUGUGAUGGAAAAUCCUGUGAAACAUGUGUGUGACAACCCGGAAGCAUAUAAUACGUCAGUGUUUGACGAUGAGGUCGACCUGCAACACAGCACAUCAAAGGGUGAAGAAGGAAACUCAGGUGGGGGAACACCUCCAACCAAACGUAAAGGCAAGUUCUCCAAAAUGGGGAAGAUCUUCAAGCCCUGGAAAUGGAGAAAGAAAAAGCCAAGCGAUAAGUUCACUGAAACAUCGAUAGCCUUGGAAAGAAGAAUUUCUGUUAGAAAAAGUCGCCAAGAGUUGGUUGCCAGAGGGGUUUUAAAGGAUAUCCCAGAAAAUGAAAGCAAUGUUAACCACUCCAAAGCGCCACCAUUAAGAAAUGGGCACCCUGUGCCAAUGGACAUGGACAGGGUGUCUGAUCAAGGGGUGCGAGUAUCUCGAGGGGAAUCUGACAUCAAGGUGACUUCACUCAGGCUGCCCCAAGUAGACGACCGUCGAAGCAGAGCGCCGUCUGAUGCCUCUCGCAGUAACCGGGCACCUCUCGAUGUGGACUCUCACGCACGUCUUGCUGUGGAAGUAGACAGACGAAGCCGUCUUCCAUCAGAUGUUGAUAAGAGAGCAGGAUCGUUACCCAGAGGACCUCCACAGGAUGAUAGAUACCGCAGAGAAGAGAGGCGAGAUGGGAAAGAUGACAGGGAGGACCGAGGAAGGAAGAACAGGGAAGACGUAGAAAGAAGGGACUGGCGAGAGGAAAAGGAAAGGGAUGGGGGAGUUGACCGCAGAGAAAGGCGAGAAUGGAAAGAUGAUAGAGAGAGGAAAGAUGACAGACCAGAGAGAGACAAUAGGGAAAGGAAGGAUCGCGACGAGAGGGAAAGGAAGGAUCGCGACGAGAGGGAAAGGAAGGAUCGCGACGAGAGGGAAAGGAAGGAUCGCGACGAGAGGGAGCGCAGAGAUCGGGACGAGAAGGAGCGCAGAGAUCGGGACGAGAAGGAGCGCAGAGAUAGGGACGAGAAGGAGCGCAGAGAUAGGGACGAGAAGGAGCGCAGAGAUAGGGACGAGAAGGAGCGCAGAGAUCGGGACGAGAAGGAGCGCAGAGAUCAAGAGGAGAAGGACCGCAGAGAUCAAGAGGAGAAGGACCGCAGGGAGCGUGAAGAUAGAGAAAGGAGGGAUGACAAAGAUAAGGAUCGGCGGCCAGACGUGCGAGGCGAAAGAGAGGAUAGGGACAGGAGAGACGACCGAGACAGGCGUGAAGACCGAGAGAGGAGAGAGGAUAAGGACAGACAUGAUGACUGGGCCAAGAGGAAUGAAAGAGAGCGACGAGAUGAGCGGGAAAAGAGGGAGGAGAAGGAGAGGAGAGAAAAGCCAGAGCCUCAGCGGCCUGUGGAUGACAGGCGGGAUAUCGUCAGGCCUGUCUCUGAGAUGGACUUGCGGCCUUCUCUGCAGAAGUCCUCCUCAGAGGACAACAAGAGGACUCGCGCCGUCUCAGAGGCUGACAAGAGGACUACCCUGCCCAGAUACAGCCAGGCUACAGAGUUCAGAGAACGCUCUGAGUCCGCUGGCGUCCGCUUUACCGCCGACCCUCGUCUACCAAAAGACUCUCAGCAUGAACUCUCAUCAAGCAAACAAGCUCUGCUACCCCCUAAAUCUCUGACUGCAGCUUCCGCUGAGUCUGGCAAGAGUCCCGCCCCCUCUUCUUCGUCUUCAUCCUCCUCUUCCACCUCGUCCUCCUCCUCUGUUGCUAUAGCUGUGGUCAAGCCUCCACGGACGGUCUCCCUCAUAGCUGAGGACCCAACUCGACCCCCCCUAGCUGCGCCUUCCUCAGCUGACUCUGUCAUGCCGCCACCUGUCCCUCCCCACGCCAAGCAGGCCCCUGUCCCCCCACCCAAACCCAGCAACCGCAACAGCAACCCUGCACUAUAUGCGUCGUCAUUGAACAGGGGCUCAAAGGUCAGGCAGCCAUGUUACUGGACCAGCUGGAGACGCCAGAGUGAGCUCGGCCUCUACCUUUCUCUACCUGUAUGCCUGCGGCACAGAGCUGUCCAGGCCUGCUCAGCUGCUGAGCUCUCACAGCCUGGCAUCAUCAUAGUGCCAGCACACAGUAAGCGCUCACCACCGACGCCACCAAAGAGGAUGACCCCGGUAACCAAACGGCAUUCUGUGGACCCAGAGCUUCACAGCCAGGACCCAGAGCCUCCCACCACUGACCAAGCUGCUGCCCCUCUACCGGUGCCCCCUGCUGUCCUUAAAGGAGAUAGCAAUGAGGACAAGGCAAAUGCAGCAGCAACUCAAGCCUCCAUUGAGUCUCUGCCUUCACCACCGUCCCACAUACCGCCAUCUCCUCCCAGGGUUCAGUCACUCCAGCCACCCAGCAACUCAUCCUCUGGUCCCGGGCCUACUGUGAAAACUGAUCCCCCCAGCCCGACCACCGAGCCUCCCAGCCAGCUUCCAACCAUCCCCCUACACAUCCUCAUCCAGAGAGCUCUGGCCAGCCCCAGCCCAGCUCAGCCCAACCCCAACGACUCCCAGAGGGCCUACUCGCAACUCUUUGAGUCUCCUCCAGAUUUCCUCACCGAGGCGGGGGCUAACUCGCGGCACUCUCUCCCUGUCACCAUUGAACCUCUAAGGCUGCAAGAAGACGAUGACUUUGACAUGGAGGAGGAGAUCCGGAAGCUUCAUCCUCAGAGGCCUCCUCGCCAGCCUGAGCUGGAGCCCCGCAGCAGGAGGGGUUUAGUCGGAGACCUCAGGGUGAGCGUCAUCCAUGAGGGUGGAGGCCCCGGGGACAAAGAGGAGUCUGACUCCGACGGCCCCAUCCUGUACAGAGAUGGCGGCGGCGACGAUGACGACGAUGACGACGACGACGAAAGCCCUCCGACAGGUGGGCUGGCAAGUCGUGUGAAGAGGAAGGGCACGUUAGCCCUGAGGACGGAGAGACGAGAGAGAGCGGAACGGGAAUCUCAGGAGAACCAAGACAGCAUGAGCUGGCAAAACAAGGAGCAGUGGACGGCAGUGAGGAGCCAGAUCAGUUCGGCACUGACGAGGCGCCUGAGUCAGAGACCCUCAGCAGAUGAGUUGGAGCAGAGGAACAUCCUUCAAGCCAAGAAUGAAGACGAUCGACGAACAGAGAGAUCCGAGAUCAAACGGAGGCUAACGAGAAAGCUGUCCCAGAGACCCACAGUGGCUGAACUCCAGGAGAGGAAGAUCCUGCGUUUCCACGAGUACGUCGAGAGCACCCACGCCCACGACUACGACCGGCGAGCAGAUAAACCGUGGACCAAGCUCACUCCCGCUGACAAGGCGGCCAUCCGCAAGGAGCUCAAUGAAUUCAAGAGCUCAGAGAUGGAGGUUCACGAAGAAAGCAGGAUCUAUACCAGGUUCCAUCGGCCUUAGAGUGUCCAUGCUGACCAGUAAAGCGCUUAGACUGGGACCAGUGAGGAGUUACUGGUCUCUCUCCUCACUGGGGACCGAGCAUGUGGCCCAUUUGGUUCGUCUUUACUGACCGCCUGCUAAUCUGCUUCAGCUGCAGACACUACUGUCGCCGAUAACUGGAAGCAAAGCGAAAAUAUGCCACGAAACAGUUCAACCUCCGGAAGUUUCUCAGAGAGACUCCAGUUCUUAGACCGAGGAGUUCAAGACGGGAGGAGUUUGUCGGUGCGUCCACGAUGGAGGGUGCCGUGUGCCAACACUGAAACGGGGAGAACCUUUUCAUGUCCUCUGCUGGAGGAACGAGUUGGAUUGAACCCAAAGGAAAACUGUCAGAGGGUUAACAAGCACUGUAUCCCUCGGGGGAAACUAAUCUCCCCAUGCCUUCACCUGCCUUCUAUUUUCUCUCUUUCUUGCAAAACAGGAAGACUAAAGCACACAACAGAGAUCGCUGUAGCUCCUAUUAACACUGUUGGAUCUGAACUCUUGUUUGUGUACAUGUACGUGUUGGGUACUACAAAUGUCGACCCUGCAACCAGCCUUACACACACACACACUCACACACUGAUUUAAGGUUCAGACCAAAUGUGAAAGACUUCCCGUACAGCUUUGUGCUUCCUAUGUAAAACUCAGUUGUAGCUCUAUUUGAAUGAAAGGUUUGAGCCUUGUGUUUAAUCCCCUAUAGCGCUGAUUCCGACCUAAUAUCUGAAAGUGUGCAUUUUACUGUAUUUUGUUGAUCAUUUAAAUGAUUCUCAUGGAGCACGUAUCACUAGAAUAUCUUUUCUAAAUAAGGCACUUUACGUUCCUUAAUUGGUGUAGAGCAUUAAAAAGUUCCGAGCCUAUAAUUCUGUUCAUAAUUGAAUUAUUCAAGCAGGAAAAUGUACAUAUUUUUAUUUUCCUGGCUUGUUUUAUGGUACUUUAUAUAUGCAAGUCCAUAGUUGGCUGCAAUUGUAUAGAUCAAUAAUGUAGAUGUGAUUGACUUUAUAUUGUACAUCCACAGUAAUGCUGACAUGUUUUAAUUGUAAAGUAUUUCGUAGUAAUGGUACACAAUGUUUCCUUUUUUUCUUUUUUUUUUAUACAGAUCUUUAAAACGUUGUUUGCAAAGCACACUGGAUAAAUUAACAAUCCACUACGGAAAUUAAAAUAACCUGUGAUUUUCAUUUCAAUAUGGCGUGAUUCUUCCAGCAUGACCACUCUUCUGCAUCUUAUAUCCGUUGAAGAAAUAAUUAUUUAAGGCCCAAUGUAAGGGUUUAGGGACAAAUCGUUGAAUGUUUGAAGGUGCUCUCGCAGACAAUUUUAUGAACCCUUUGAUCACGAGAAUUACCCACAAUUCAUAGCAAUGUGACAUUAAACACAGGGUUACAGAUGGAAGUGUGGAGAUGUUGAAAAAAUGACACAACCAGGAUUAAAGAUGUAACAUAAAAACUCAUGAAAUCAGAAGAAUGUUAUUUAAUUAUGACACUGAUUUAUUUAUCAAACAUUUCAUUUAGUCAUUGAAGCUGUUUUGUCAAAAAUGAAUAAAUACAUUGUUUGAAAUGACCUCCUCAUAAAAGCCUGGAAGAUAUUCUUAUCAAGGAGAAAUGAGUAUAAAAUAAAUACCCACAAUUGUACGUUG